AUGCCGACUGGUAUACAACAGAAAAGGUACCAAGACCGAUCCCUGCAGCACACCAUCUGUUACUUCAUGAAAGGUCGACAUAACGUCAUUGUGUGGUACCUGUUGUUUGCGUCUCAACAGACGAUAAAAAUAGAGAACAAGCAAAGUAACAGCAACAACAACAAUAACAACAACAAUAACAUUAUCAACAGCAUCAACAACAGCAAGGUGCAAGGUGAGCAGUUCACGAUUAUAUUCUGCAAAGUUUUUCCUAUGCUGUUCAACUACUUGAAGCAAAAAUUGUUUCUGCUCUGCGUCUUUGGUGAUUGUUUCAUUGAAAUGUUGUACCAACGCUACUCCCCGUUCUGCAGAGUCAUUGAUGCAAACCAGAUUCUUUACAAACACUGCUGCAACUUAGAAAGAAGGAGUAUCUGA